UUGCCCGGACUGCCGGAGACCAUCGAGGUAGCGCAGACCGUGGCACAGUCCUUUCAGGACAUCGGCAUCGACGCCAAGCUGGUGGAGGUGGAGUUUGCCCGGGCUCUGGAUGCCUUCCGAGGCCGCACGACGCCACACUUCAUUCUGCCCGUGCGCCAGACCAUCCGGCAGAUCAACGCCAACGCGCGAAUCUAUUACUACACCGGCUCCAUCGACCCUGAACCUGGUCGCCCCAACGGCGGGGUGGCCUACAUUGAGCAUCAACUCUACGACGACGUGUACGAGGCGCUGCUGAGAAGAACGGACCCGGCCGAGCGGCACCGGCUGGCGCAAGAGAUGGGCGACCACAUCUAUGACAACUACCGCACCAUCCCGAUCGUCAACGUCCGCGCCACCCUGGUGGUGAAUCCGGACGAAGUGGCCGAGUACAAGUUCGGCAGCCUCACCGGGGUGUUCGGACACCUGGAGUACGCCAAGUCAGCCAGAUAG